AAUUUGAAAGUAUAUAGGGGGUACCAAGUUAGUAACUCCCAAGGGAAAUACGGUGACAUCUUAAAGUUAAUUUUGGAAUGUUUUGUGUCCCACAACGAACAAUUUUGUUGUGAGAUCCAAGGUAUUUAACUUUGUAUCUGCUUUUUUCCACCUGGUAGGCAAUUCUUCGUGUCUUCAUAGUACUCUUUAUGACUUUGAGGAUCCAAACCAGAAAAGCUGCUUUCACCCAAUUCCAAAAUCACCGGGAGCUGUGGACCAGUCCACUGACAUCGAAACUGUAAAGUACGGGAAGAAUUCGCUCAUGUGGAAAGCGGACAAUGUGUCAAAGCUGCAGUUACAGGCUUCAACAUUCACGAUUCCUAACGACUGGCUUAAACGCGGCGGCGUAAAAGUCUGGAUCUACAAGAGGGAAAGUUCUCCUGGAAAAACGUUACAAGUGGAGUACGAACAUUCGUCCAAAAUCGUCGGCAGGUUCAAAGCCAAUCUUACUUUCCAAGGAUGGCGAGGAAUUUGGGUGAAAUUUUCAGAAUGCAAGGUGUCACGUAGGAGUGUAACAAAAAGCACUGUUAUCGACAAAGUAAAUUUUGUACUAAGCGACGCCGACACCAUCUACAUAGACUUGCUCGAGUUUCAGAAAAGCUUUGCUAAACAGUCACGUGACAAAGUAGUUCCUCCAAUCAGUCCACUUGGCUUAGCAGUGUAUGACGCGAGUAAUACUUUUCAGCGAACUCAAAAGUGGAGUAAAGAACCAAUUCCUUCGUCACCCUUGGCAGUUGACGAAAAAAAGAACAAGAGCUUGGAACAUAUCGAAAGCCGGCUCAGAAACUGGUAUUGCGACGAGACUAAAACAACUUCAAGCUUCUCAAAAGGAAGCUUCCUGAAGAAAAGGUGGAAUUCCCUUUUAAGCAGUGUUAAUAAGGCGCAUAAAGAAUACGACAACUUAAUUUUUGACGGAGGAAAAAUCGUUGGACCACCUUUGUUUUGCAGAAACUGCAGAUAUGGGGAAUAUAGCAAAACGGAUAAGACGAGAAAGUAUGGUUUUAUUAUGGAAACUAUUCUUCUACCGCUGGCGUUGGAAUAUUAUCUAAGAUCGCGUGCAAAUGAAGUAGCAGAUGCUGCUGCAGGCCAACUAGCCGAGCUUAACUCUGGGGACCCGGAUAGGAUGAACGAUGCGCACAUUGCUAUCGCAGGUGAAGAUAAAAACAUGCAAACGAUAUUUAAAAGGUACCUGCCCAGCUCGAAAACGUGGACGCUAAGUCAAGUUGAAACCGCAAUAAACACGUUAAACCUUGAUCGACUAAACAAGAUAAACAAUCUCCUGGAAUAUGUAAAGCAACAAGGAUUUGCAGAUGGCAGUGGCCUCGGAUCACUUGAUCAUGAAAUGAACAGGGACGGCGCUGGAUUCAUGCACGCUCUGUUUCUUAUUAGUGACUCUCUGAGAGUUCCUUCCAACAAAAGCAGAUUGCUGGAUCUGAUAAACACAGCCAAAUGGUAUAACGAAUUUGGAGAAAUUUAUCAAUCGCCGACAUUCGAAUUCAAGGGAACUACUGCAGACCGCAUGAUUCAACUGCCGCUGUACAGACUGAUGAUCGUGCUGCUUAUGCCAAGUGAUGAUGAAGAUGAAGUAAAAGCUAAAAUCCGUGACAUGGACGCUUUAGUAAACUGGAUAGAGAAUGCUUUGACUGUGAAUGAAGGUCUUGGAGGAGUCUUAAAGCCUGACUUCACAGGAUUUCACCAUAAAGCGUUUUAUGCCUCAGCUUAUGUUCCGCAAGCCUUACACGAGGCAGCAAUGAUUCAAUACCUUCUUGGAGGAACUGAAUUUGCUUUAUCACAAUCAUCAAUCAACAACAUCAGAAGAGGACUGGAGACUUUGCGCCUUAUAGCUCUCAAGUAUUCAACUCCAAACAGUGUCAAUGGACGUUUCCCACAUUACUUUAACAAGGCACUCAUCAAGGCUGUAUUACCAGGCUAUGCUUACAUUGCUGUUUCCCAUCCUUCAAGUUUACCUUCCACGAUACCAAAAGGGAUCGAAGUGAGCGAUGUGAAAGAGCCGCAAAUGUUUUUGCGGUUAUAUAACGACUCUUCUAUUAACGAUUAUUUAGAAGAUGGACAAUCAGAUAAGGGCAAGUACUAUCCAAACAGUUUGGGAUCUCUGGACCUUAUGGAGAAAGUAAACUCCACUGCUGCGUCUCUAGGCAUAUCUGCUGAAAAAUCCCCUGAAGGGCACUGGUCCAAGAAUUUUGCCGCUUUAUCCGUCCAUCGACGAAAGGACUGGGCUGUAACAGUCAAAGGCUUUAACCGUUUCCUCUGGGACUAUGAAAGUUCAUCCCGCGAAAAUAUUUACGGAUUAUUCGCCAGUCAUGGUGCGCUUCUGGUUGCAAACAGUGAAAGAGAUCUUGAGGUGCAUGACGUUAAACAUGGAUGGGAUUGGGCCAAAGUCCCUGGGGCAACGAUCAUUGCGAUGGCGACUAAAAGUCUAGAUGACUUAGACAUGGGAGGAAAAGGAAGGUUCUACAACCCACGGUCUCUAGCCGGAGGACUCACGUUUAAGGGUUCCAGAGACUUGGAAAAUGGCUUGUUUGGCAUGGACUUUAGACAACCGCAGUAUGGAUUGAAAGACUGGAGAAAAAAGAUAAUAUUCGAGUUUAAGAAGUCAGUUUUCUUCUUUGAAAACUUGCUGGUGUGUUUAGGUAGUAACAUUCUCGCAGAAGAGACUAAGGGGAAUGUUGUUCAAACAACCCUUUUCCAAGACAAGCUUGUCGAUGGAGUAAAUUCCUCACUUAUUAAGGUUGAUGGGGUUCCCAGGAGGUACUCACCAACAUUCUCCGCCAUGACACCGUCGUUGUUAGACAGAAAUCAUACAACUCUCACUGAUGCCAAAGGAAACCAUUACUACAUACCAAAAUCCAGCAGAUCAAUGUUAAAAGUUCAUGUUGAAAACCAGAUCUCUAAGACAGAUAAUGGGAAACGUAAAACAUCUGGGCGUUAUGGUACGGCGUGGUUUGAACAUGACAAGUCUCAUCCAGACUACGAAUAUGCUGUCUUAAUACCGACCAUAUCGAAUGAUUCACAACUGGCAGAUGACAUAUCAACGGCCCAAGAAACCGUGGGUAGUGAAAUUUACAAAGUCUUGAAGAGAGAUUCGACUGCCCAUGUGGUCCAGUUUCUUCCUUCAAAGCAGCUGGCAGGGUCAGACCUCAACUUUCCUCUCACAGGUUAUGUGAUGUUUGCAGCAGCAAAGUCACUUCCAUUGGAUGGUCCAGUAGAAGCAGUAAAUGAAGAUAAUUGUCUUGUCAUGGCCGAGGAAACUGAGGACGCCAUAUACCUCAGUAUUUGCUCGCCAGACUUGAAUUUCAACACGAAAUCAGGUCCUCUACAUGGCUCCAAUGACGUGGGAGUAGAGUUGCUUUACCAGUCAUCGAGUCAAGAAAGAGAAAUAGACGUGACGCUUAAAAAAACAGUGGAGACGACAACUAACGAUGUUAAAGUCCACGGUAAACCAGAUGCCUACGACGCCAUCGUAAAGGUCGAUGAUCACGGCAAAAUCGUUCGUUUUCUGAAUCUCAAAAAUGGCUUUAGUGUUGAAGUGAAAUUGAAGAAGAAGAAUAACAUUGUCUCGUAG